AUGUUAGGAGCUACAGCAGAUUCAACAGAAGUUAGUGUUGGUUGUUUUUCUAGUGAUUCCUAUGUUGUAUUAAAUAAUGGUGAACAAAAAUCAAUUGAUUUUCUUGAAACAGGUGAUAAAAUUCUUGCUGUUAAUCAUUUAAAAGUUAAUUCCAGUGAAAUGUUUCUUAUGUUAGAUAAAGAAACAUCAAAAUUAGCAUUAUUUUAUACAUUUCAUACAGCUUCUAAUCAUCAUAUUAGUUUAACAGGUCUUCAUUUAAUUCCAAUUAUUUUAUCGAAUAAUAAAAUUAAAUAUAUUGCGGCUAGAAAUGUUAAAUUAGGUGAUCAAUUCUAUGUACUUAUCAAUGGUCAAUUAAAAUCUUCUCCAGUUGUAAAUAUUACAAUUGAAUCUAAAAAUGGGUAUUUUGCUCCAUUAACUAUGACAGGAACAAUAUUAGUUAAUAAUGUCUAUGCUAGUUGUUUUGCAUCUGUAAAAAAUCAUGAAUUAGCACAAAUAUUUAUGACACCUUUUCGUUGGUAUUAUCAAUUUGCUAAUUUUAUUUCUAUAACUGAACCAUUUAAUAAUAAUAAUCGAACAAAUGGAAUACAUUGGUUUGUUAAACUUAUUUAUCAACUUGCAAUUUAUAUACAACCUUCAAAUUUACAACUUUGA